AGCCUGCUUGCAGACAGACUGUCGCGCCAAACCAUGCAGAUGCAGAUGUCCAGGUUUAGCAUCAUCCUGAUCCAGCCAUGGACGUCCAAGUUUAGGAUCACCGUGUUCAACCAUGGACGUCCAAGUUUAGCAUUCUGACCACACCUCUCAAUGACAUCAAUCUUCCUUAACCAGCCACAACUCGCUAAAUCGGUCAAUCUCCGGCGAAGCAAAUUGCACCACCAUGUCUCUGGUCGUCUCCUCCUUUGCCGCCGCGGUGCUUCUGCUCCUUGCACUGGCGUCACCGGCGGCAGCCUUCAACAUCACCAGGAUCCUUGGCGAGUUCCCCGACUUCUCCACGUUCAACGGCCUCCUCAGCCAGACGAAGCUCGCGGACGAGAUCAACCGCCGGCAGACAAUCACGGUGCUGGCAGUGAACAAUGGAGGGAUGGGCGGCAUCACCUCGCUCCCCUCCGACGUCCAGCGGAAGGUGCUCGCCGUGCACGUGGUCCUGGACUACUACGACACGGAGAAGCUGGGCAGCAUGAAGAACCGGUCGGCCGUGCUGACGACGCUCUUCCAGUCCACAGGCCAGGCCGCCAACCGGAUGGGUUUUAUCAACUACACCAGGCGCGCCACCGACGGCGUGAUGAUGUUCGGCUCCGCCGAGCCCGGCGCCCCGUUGAUGUCCCAAAUGGUGAAGUCCGUCAUGUCCCGCCCCUACAACAUCUCCGUGCUGGAGGUGAGCUCCGCCAUCGUGCCGCCCAGCAUCGGCUCCGGCGACAACAGCAAAGCUCACGCUCCGGCGCCUGCCCAUGCUAAGACCCCUGCGCCAGCACCGACGCCGUCCAAGAGCAAGAAGCCAGAGAAAGAGGGAGCCCCCGUCCCUGCCCCUGCCCCGUCCGACGAUUCUAUUGCCGACGCGCCUGCGGACGGGCCCGAUGCGGACGGCCCGGCGCCCGCCGAUGCGCCGGCAGAUGAUGAUGAUGACAAGAGCAGCGACGACACCGGGGACGCUGCGGGCAGGGUGGUUGCCCGUCUAGGUCUUGGUAUCGGGGCGCUUCUCAUGAUUCUUCUGUCACUCUGAGUCUAAGGUAUUCCCGUACACGUAGGUUAGAUGCAGUUCAAAGCAGCACUACGAUUACGAUGGUGUGUGUAGGCAAAAUCGUGAUUGGAUUGGAUGUCAAAUCAAAAUUACCAACAGAAGGCAGGCACACUACCAGCUGGAUGUGCGAGAUCGUCUCUCCAUCUUUGGUGGCCGCUCAUUGAGGAGGGACGCCGUAGGCACUGCUCAAAAAGUAUCGUUCGGUUCGUAGUUUAGUGCGUGUCACGUAUUUGGUUAUGUACUAGGAGUAGGAUUUAGACUGCCACACUGAGUUCGAUGCAAGCUUAUGUCACGUAUUUAUAAAUUACCAAAGGAAGUUCACGCAUCAUUUUCACGUAUUUAUAUAUAUAGAAUGACAAGAACAAAUUUAGUUAUUAG